AUGUUGGGACUCUCGUAUUGGGUCGUUCCCAUCUUCUCCGCAGUAGUAUGGACCGCCAUGCUUAUCACCAUGUUGGUCUAUUGGGCGGCGACCGGCAAACCUCACUAUUCUACAAUGAGCCCAGGGCAAAACAUUCCUUACAUAUCUGAUAUUGGUGCGGACUACCUGAAAGCUAUGUUCAUCGCCAUGUCAGCCGUGACAGUUGUCACUUUUGAUCUCGCCUUCAUUUUCGAGCGCUGGCUACGACACACGAACAAACUUGCACCAAACACAUCUCACUGGCAGAAAAUUUACUCCCUGUGCGCUACUAUUGCCGCCAUUGUCGGUGCGGCCGGUCUGAUACUGCUCACCAUCUUCGAUUGCAAGAACCACAACAGACUGCACAAUAUCUUCCUUGGUGUAUUCAUCAUUGGUUACAUCGUCUCAGCAAUCUUCAUUUGCUGGGAGUACCAACGCCUAGGUAUUCACUACCGGGAACAUUCCAUCCUCAGAAUCUCCUUCUGGAUCAAGCUCUUUUUCAUCAUCACCGAGGUUUGCCUCGCUAUCGCCUUUGCAGUCUGCUCCAAGCAGGACAUUUGGAACGUAGCCGCUGUUCUUGAAUGGUGUGUAUCCUUCAUCUACUGCUUCUACGUGUUCAGCUUCUUCAUCGAUUUCCUACCCGCCACACGUUCAAAGCACCACCAGUCCAAGCAGACCGAGAUGCAAGUGUUCGAGGAAAGCGGCGAGACAGAACGGAACCACAUGGGCGAUGGCGCUGCCGAUAGCCAGCAAUACUACCGUGGCAACUCGCAGAUGGCCGUACCUCAGACCAACGGCUACACAAAUGGAUACACAAAUGGCAACACCUACACCAACGGGAACUCUAACGGUUAUGUAUCGCAUACUGCGAAUGGAUACCCGAAGCCCGCAGUGGACCCAUCCCCACUUCCUUCGCAUAAUUUCUAA